GUCCUUACCACACGCGCAUGUAUAUACGCGUAUGCAUGCGUGUGAAUCGCGUGGCCGUGUCACUUCACCUGUUUUUAUCUUUGCUCGGUGCACAGACCCACUUGCCCUAGCUCUAACUCGCUCACACACUUUGACAAUCAUCGUAUAUCUAACAGAGCGGUCGCUCGUCUAGACUAAACCGCACACUAUCGCUCUAGGCUUAAACCAACGUCUUCUGAGUCUAUCUGUAUGCGUGUCACCGGUCGUAUGUGUAUCUAGUACAGUAAGGACCGCGUUUAAUCUGAUGUACGCGCGUGUUAGCUCUUAAGGUGUACCAGUUAGGCUCUCUGACGUCUCACGUCCGGACGACUAUACCUAAAUUGAAUUAACCGAAAUUCGAAUCGGGGCAAGAUCUCUCUAAGAAGAUUUCAAGGAACUUGGCUGGCCUCGCGGUUCGAUCUCCGCGCCGAGUUCGAGCUCGAACUCGCGGGAGGAGUCGAAAAUUGGUUUGAAGAGGGAUCGAGCGACAAUCGGCCAAACUGUGGUGGCCGUCGUGCGAGUCGGGACGAACGAGCAAGACGGAAGCUCGGUAUCAUCAGCCGUCGUUGGAACGCGGCUGGGCCGGUGAGGAACAACGAGGCAGGUUUUUCUGGAGAUUGCACUCGUUGGGCGGUCGAGGCUUGUUCAUACCCUCGGCGACGGGGAACGGGAAGUGUUGGCUAGCGGAGACGAUAGGCGCCGACGAGGCACGUUCCUCCAUCACCACGUAUUUUCAUUCGUAUCCGUUUGUCCCGGGUGGUGCGGUGUCCCUGCCUCCGCCCCUGCUGAACAGCAUCAACAACGCGGCGGCAGCAGCGAUCACCCCCGGCCUGGUAGGACACCUCUUCGCCGGCCAGCAAGCCUGCAACAUUGGCUGCAGCUGCACCUGCACGAAUAUCGCCAAUUGCAAUCCGCACCACCAGCAACACCAUCACCAUCAGCAUCAACAGCAGCAACACCAUCAUCAUCAGCAACAACAACAGCAUCAUCAUCGUCCCAUCGCUGCCACUACGGUCCUCCUGCAACCGGUUGAACACAUCAAAGACACCAUGGUGAGUGUCCCGGAAUUCCAGUACGCUCGAGGGACGGGCGCGUCCCUUACGAUGAGGGGUAGCGACGAGCUUCUGUCGCAAAGCGGAGCAGUUAGCAAUGGUGCUGCAAUGAGUCCACAACCACAUCACGCGGCCGACAACAACAAUGACGCCAAGAAGGUUAAACUCGACAAGAGCCACAACGGCAAACUUUCGAGGGUUAUCCACAUCAGAAACAUCCCCAACGAAGUAUCAGAGGGUGAAAUCAUCCAUCUUGGCGUCCCCUUCGGCCGUGUUACAAACGUUCUCGUCCUCAAAGGCAAAAAUCAGGCGUUCCUGGAAAUGGCGGAUGAAAAUUCUGCUGCGACGAUGGUAAAUUACUAUGCCUCGUGUAUGGCUCAGCUCCGUGGCAGGGCAGUUUACGUUCAAUUCAGCAACCACAGAGAACUCAAAACCGAUCAAACGCACGCCAACAACGCGAACUCGAACAACCAAGUUGCGCUUCCUGGACAGAACCAGGUGGCCCAGACGCAAGCAGAAACCCAAGGGGGCCCCAAUACCGUUCUCAGAGUCAUCGUCGAGCAGAUGGUCUACCCAAUUUCCUUGGACGUCCUCUAUCAGAUAUUCACGCGUUUCGGCAAGGUCCUCAAGAUCGUCACCUUCACGAAAAACAACACUUUCCAGGCACUAAUACAGUACGCGGACAUGCUGUCGGCGCAAACCGCCAAACUGUCGCUGGAGGGUCAGAACAUCUAUAAUUCCUGUUGCACGUUGCGCAUCGACUAUAGCAAGAUGCAGAACUUGAACGUGAAGUAUAACAAUGACAAGUCGAGAGAUUAUACCAAUCCUUCUCUGCCAACUGGUGACGCGAAUUUGGACGCGGCUUCUCUUGCUUUGGGCGGCGAGCUUCUUCCACAGUUGUUAAUGGGAGCUGGAUCGCAGCCUCGCGCAAGAAUACCCGUAGAGUCCAUUGCAGGGGCACCGGGUGUGCUGCCCACGCCCUUUGCGGCCAUGCACGGCCUACCUUCACCCUUAGCUGGCCCGUACAACGGGGUCCCACCUACCGGUGGAUUGGCUGGCUUAGGUGGGUUCCCUCUGGGUGCAGCUGGUCUUGGAGUACGCGUUCCUACAAACGCGCAAACUUCCGCAGUCCUGCUCGUCAGCAAUCUCAACGAAGAGAUGGUCACGCCUGACGCUCUCUUUACCCUGUUUGGCGUUUACGGGGAUGUACAGCGUGUGAAGAUUCUCUACAACAAGAAGGACUCGGCACUGAUUCAAAUGGCCGAACCACAUCAGGCGCAUUUAGCAUUGACACAUAUGGACAAAUUGCGAGUAUUUGGCAAGCAGAUCAAGGUAAUGCUGAGCAAACAUCAGACGGUGCAGUUACCAAAGGAGGGCCAACCAGACGCUGGAUUGACGAAAGAUUAUACCAAUAGUCCUCUUCAUCGGUUCAAGAAACCGGGUUCUAAGAACUAUCAGAAUAUCUAUCCACCGAGCUCCACUCUGCAUUUAUCGAAUAUUCCUACAACUGUGACUGAAGACGAGAUCAGGGAUGCGUUCACCAAAAAUGGCUUCACCGUGAAGGCGUUCAAGUUCUUCCCAAAAGACAGAAAAAUGGCGCUCAUACAGAUGCCCAGCAUGGACGACGCCGUAGCUGCUUUGAUCAAAAUGCACAACUACCAGCUGAGCGAAUCCAACCACCUGAGAGUGUCAUUUUCCAAGAGCAACAUCUAACAAGAGUCACAAAUAUGCAACCGGCAGUGGUACCAGCCCUACGCCCUAGUCCCCUUUUGGAUACCCGGCUCAGUGUACGACUGAUGAUGAUAACAAGCGAUGAUAAUGAUGAUCCUCGCUGAGUGUGCGGUCAGUCGCUGGUCCCAUUACCGCGACGCCAUUGGCUGGCCAACCUCUGGAUCUUACCUGGGAAACGAAGGAAUGAAGCUUCCUCUGCGAAGCGGACAUACAAAACGCGCACGACCUAACCAUCGUGUGCAGUGCAUUUCUAUUUUUCUUGACAGACCGUCUUUAAGACCAUUUUCGAACAGCGUACAGACAGAUACGAUUUGUUAUCUCCAUACAUGCAUACACAUACACAGACACAGACACACACACACACACACACACACACACGGAUUAAAAAAAAAAUAUAGAACAAAAAACUAAGUACACGAAGAUAAAAAAGGAUUAGGGCUGCGAAACAGCGAAAGGGAGGGUUGUGUUUGAAAGAGAAAAUAUUAAGAAAGUAAUCAUACACCUCUGGCUUUCACGAGGCCAGAGAGAAGGAGAAAGCCAGGAUCGAUCUUAUAUUGAGAGAAAAAGAGAGAGGAGAGACACAGGAAGCGUGUGUUUCGCGUGAUAGGUGUAUGUUAUUCACGAAGGGAGGAGGGAGAGACUAGGUUUUUAACGAAAAAGAAAAAAAGGAAACGGAGGGGCUCGGUGAGAAGUAAGAGAAAGGGCCGAUUGGGGUUCUUGUACAGAGUUAAGAACAAUUUUUCGAGCAUUAAGGUAUAUUCUAUAUACACAUAAAUCUAUAUAUAUAUGAUAUAUUUUACAAGGGUGACGCGCUCUGGCGGCGAGCCUCGCGCGUUAUAUGACCCGCGAAUAACCACACGCAUGCACGCAGGAUCCGCGUGUGUGUGUGCUGACAGAAGAGAAAAAAUUACGUUCAAUAUAUAUAGAUAUAUAUAUAUAAAUAUUAUAUCACAUCUACCUUUUAACCGUCGCGAGAAUCUGUCUCGAACGCGCUGAAACAAAAUAACUAAAAAGCUUCGUCGAUGAAGGAUCCGAUCGAAUGAAAAUUGAAAAACUAAAAAAAAAAAAAGAAAAAAAAUAAAGGAAAUGGAGUACGAUCGAAGCGAGAACGAGGGAGAUCGACUUUGAAAGUAGCGCGCGUACCAAGCCAGAUUAGUCGUUUAAGGCUAAUUGUCACGGGACCCUUUGCAGCUUUCGCGAGGUGCUACACUCGCGCCCUCUGCCCCGGGGCCGAUCCAAACACGCGAGCCGAUUAUUGUCGGAUCGAUUUAGGGACAGGGGACGAUUAUUUCUCGAUGUCUCCUCCGCCACGUGUCGCCGUCCUCGUGGUCCAGACACGACACACCAUCCCCCUUUUGUUUUGUUCUGACUUUUCUAAAAAAAUAGAAAGAAAAUCCCUUUCAGUAUUCAAAGUAUCCAGAGAGAGCUGGAUUCGGGCGUGUACACGUAGAUGUACGAUACGGCUGGCUCGCGACGCGACUGCCCACACGUGGCGGAGCGGCGCACUGUCGUUGCAGGUGGUAUUUUUAUAAUUUGUAUGUUCAACACACGAUAUAUAUUAUAUAUAAUAAGUAUUAAUCACACGCAUAAACACAUAAAGACACACAAACAUACGCAUACAUACACGUACACUAACAAUACACAUAUAGGUAACACAGAAAAACGCAGAGACAUUCAGAUGCAGGUUUUCUUAGCUGAUAGGUGCUUAGGAUUGCGUAGAUUCUUAAUCGUAUAAGUAAGGCUGAGGAGGAGACAAAACGCGCCGUCGUUAAGUAUCAUUGACGAGGGUGAAUAAAGGACCGUUGAACAUAUCGCUAAUUAGAGAGGCACGCGCAUGUGUUUCGCGAGCUGGUAUAUUUUCGCUGGUUCGGGAUUGCUCCGGCAGAGAGCGGUUCCAUCGCGCGACGAAUCGCGAUUCUUUGACUCCGUUUAAGGGAUAAAAAUAUAUAAAGAAAAAGAACAAAAAAAAAAAAAGAAAACAGAUCACAGAGUGAUAAGUAGAGCGAGCUCGUCGCGUGGUUCAGGCUCGUGUUUAGGUCCGGUCGACGAUUAGUUCCUGAUCACCGAGCAUUCCUUUUUUUUUCUUGAAGAAACGCGCCCGCAGGCGACGUAGAACGAACCGAUCUGACCAGAGAGCACUCAGAGAGAGGGGCAUCUUUUUUCGUAGGGCUGGUCUGUUGUGUUGUUAAGAUGCGCUAGUGUCGUGUAAGAUAAUAAGAUUAUAAGAGAAACACUUCUACACACACACACACACACACACACACGAACAUACACAUGAACAGACAGAAACAUAGAAACGCUAUAAUGGUACACACCUAAGUAGCCUAUAGUCCGCAGAGCGUAACAAAUUAAUAUCGUAGAGGUAUCACGAGGAGGGAGGCUCGAAAGGGGAGAGAGAACGAUGAGUCCUGACGAUGAAAUUUGCCACGACUUAUAUACACAAGUUAUACACAGAUAUACACAACACAAAAGAGAAGAUCAGAGAGUGGCGCGCGAUAUUAGCGAGAUCGAAUCCUCGUGUCAAGAAGCGAAGAUUAUCAGUAGUGUCGUAGAGUCGUGAUAAAAAGUUGGGCCAGGACGAGGAAAAUGGUUGCGACGCCACUGGCUGUUUGAAAACGGACAGCGCCAUCUUGGCUUUGAUCCAGGGGCGUCGCAACUCGUUCCCGGGCCCCGUCGAUUUUUGUCUAACCGACGUUCUGUUGGAGUCAAUUAAAUCUUAUUAAUAUACAUAUAUCAACCGUAGAAAGGUAGCGAGAGAGAGAGAGAGAGAUUGUGUGUGUAUGUGCUUGCGUGUGCGUGUGUGUGUGUGUGUGUGUAAGAAAAGAGAUGAACGUGACGUUACUGGCUGACGAGAGCGAGUGAGAGAGCCUGUUCCGCGAGUGUGACUGAUCCAAAAAGCGGCUGGAGUGAGUGUGGCGGACGAAGCAUAAUGAAAAAACGAGAAAACUACAAAAAAAUAUAUAUUACAAAGCGAGUGCCGGCCCGGGCAGUGUUGUUUGUGCCAAAGUAGGCUAGCUGUUGACUCUAGGGGAUGGGUCUCUCGACGAGCCAGCUGAUGUUCCUCACGAUCGAACGUCGAUCCUACGCCUUUGAAGAGAAUCUCUAGCGAAUUGAUAGUGAACUUUCUUGAAAGAUGUGACGAUUGUGAUUGGAAGGCGUUGGAUGAGGUUCGUGGAGAGGGAAGAAUUCGACCAAUCAUGUUAGAGACGUAGCGAGUAGCCGGCAUGAGCGAAGGGGCCAGUCUUUGCAUCUAUUAUGAUCUGUCUUUCGAAUCUCUGAUGUAUUUACAUUGUUUAAUCCGAUGACUGCAUUUAUAGAUCCUAUCCUGGACGCGUCUGAACUCGUUUCGUGUCGAUGACACACUGGCUGUACACGAAUACAUGCUAGAGUUUAGAUUUCUGUGAGAGUUUGGUUGGCGUAUCUUCUUCUUUUCUUUUUUCUGGUUCUUGGCUUCCUCGGAACGGGCUUGGUUCUGGUAUUUGACUCGAUGCUGACGUUCAGGAGGAUGUUUGUUAAUUGUUUUAAGCGGCUUCCUGUAUUUAGGUCGAUUUCACGGAUCUUCUGGUUCCACCAAACCAAUUUUUGAAAUGCUUGGUAAGAUAUGGAAACUAUCGAUGAUAUAGUUUGGACAGUAUCUGAAAUUUUUAUUUGGGUUGGUUUAAGUAAUUUUAAAUAUAUUAACAUAUUUUUGAAACACAUGGUAGGGUACGGAAACUAUUGUGGAGGGGACUAAAAUUAAGGAAUUCUAUAUUUUCUUUCUUUAGAAUUAAAUAAAUCGUACAUAAUAAUAAUUGGAUUAAUUAAUUAUCUAUUUAAUACAUUAAAUAUAGUCUUCUUAUGUUUUAGUGUAGAUUAUUGGUUCGGAAUUUUUACUAUAAACUACUGGGAACUACAAAAAAAUGUUUUCUUUGUGGUAUGAAGUAGUAUUAAACUUUUAAUAACGAAACUUCAAUUUUUUUUAACAUAAGAGAAAAUUGAACCACAUUCAGUAUAGCAUACGAAAAGAAUUUUGUAAAUAUUUUUAAUUUAUUGACAGAAUAUUUUGGAAAAGUAAAUCAUUCCAAUUACUACUAUUCAUUCACAAAUGUAAAUUCGAUAUUUCGAAUGAAAUAUUUUAUUAUUUAAAGUUACAGAGAAAUAAUCCACAUUAAUUCUCUACAAUACACCGAUCUUUUAUUUCAAUAAAAUCAAAUUUUCGGUUAACAAAAUUUUUCAUCUAUGUUCUUCCUUGACAAUCUGCAAUAUCUGAGCGUCAGCUUCGCUCUUGAGUUGCCUCGCAGUUUUAGCAUGUGUUCAUCGUUUCAUUCAAGUAUUAAAAAUCUAUAAACAAAGAAAAACAGGCUCUUUCAAUCGAUUCGCGGCUGGUCCAGUCGCAAGCGCACAAAACUGUCGGUCCUCCGGAUGUUCCCGCGCGAAAUGAUCGAUCGAGGGCCUGGCGCACAAUAGUAUUCCCGGCACAAUGUCUGCAAGCGUACCUGAAAAGCCUGUGUAAACGAAUCGCUACAGCGACGGAGCAAUUUUCCAAAAAAAAAGCAAAUAAAAACACGCUCCGUCGCAGGCGUUGCAUUCUCCGUUCAUUUUACUAGCGUUCUCGAGGAAUUUCUGAACACAUUCCCGUUCAAACACGCUCACACACGUACACAUUUACAGAAACCUAUGCAUUCAUACAUGUUGGUCCACGCAGAACGAGUUCGAAUCACUUUUUCUCGGACGUUUGCUGUUUUCUUCCUUCGUUUAAAGGAUUUCGAUCCCGUUUGACAAUGUUUGAAGCACGUCCUGACGACGUUCGAGCUCCUUCGGCGUGUAACCCAAACAUGUUGCUCCUCCAUCACCGUUAAAACUCGUUCACUGAUUCUUUCGGACGUUGAAGGCACGCAAUGACAAUGAUUUCCUCGUUUUUUUUUUUUUUUUUUUUCCUGGUUUCUCCGGAAUCAGAGGGGAAGAAAGCUCGAUUUCGGUUUUAGAGGACAGUAUUAAAAGUUUUAAGAGAUUGUUAUGAAUUCUGUGGAUGUCUACAGGGUGUUCGUAUCGUAUAGCACAACGUCGUGUAUCUCUUUUCCUCAAUUUCGUCUUUCGUCUUUUUAAUAGCCUGCAAAAUUGACUGAAAAUUUUAUUUUAAAAUAUAUUUCAUUUUUUUUUCAAAAGUUUUUAGAAUUAUAAUAGUGUAAGCAAUGGUAGUAAGAACGUAUUUGUUCAAUUUUGAAUACUUCUGUGUUUGACAUAGUUUGCGGGGGUUUGAAAGGGUUAAUUGAUUUCCUUGAGGAACAGACACACCCUGUAGAGGGUUCAGACAUGGAGUAUUAUCCCUAGCUGGGUUGAGGGGGGCCGAGGUGAGGGUUGGGAUAGCCAGCACUCGCUACAUGGUGUCGCAAAUAUUCAGGCUCCGAAAUUUCUUCAGACCAAGUUCAAACAAAAUAUUGUGGAGAAUCGAUAAGAAAGAAAUUGACAAAGCUCGUUUGCGAAAUUUCUACGUGAGUCGUUCAAAUAUAUUAUGUAUACAGAUUAUUCGACGCGCGUUCGCCCGCGACUUCCUCAUAUAGACGACGUAUUUUUAUAUGAAUAGAAAAUGAGAAACAGAGAGAUAGAAACGAAAGAGACCAAAUAAGACGAAGAUCUCGAUGAAGAUCUCGAUCGGGACGAAAGUUUAGAUACGGUUGCGUAAUGGUUGAAGAGAUCCCGGCUAGCUGUACACCCUGCGCUCUCCUUCUACUGUUUUUAACCGUGGAAUUUGAUAAAUUUCUUUCUCCGUGGAAAGAUGCAAGUGUUUUUGUUCGUACUGCUACAAAUUACAAAUUUAAUCAUUCAGUGAGAUUUGUUAAGUUAGCAUACUGUUGUUAAUAUAAUGUUUUAUUACUGUGCUAUUAAUACAUAACAUUAUGAUAUUAGUAUACAGACAAAUCGAAUAUUUUUAUCCGAUCAUUAUAGAAUCGCACAGUUUGUAUGAAAUAUUAAUAAGUUGCAGUCGAAUUGUAAAUUUACAGAACAUGUUUGAAGAUUUGAUAAAGUAUCUACGUUACUCGUUUUACAUAAUAGUACAGCAGAAAUAAUACGAAAUAAAUAAAAUCCAAGUAUAACUAAUAAUGUAAAUCUAAAAUCUAACUGCUCGUUCAAUUAAUUUAUUCCUAUAAUAAAAUUUAAAUGUUUCGUAGCCAACGUUUCGUGAUUAUUGAAAAUGUUAGGCGUCAUCCACGAGUCUAAACAUAAACAUUUUCAAACUUUAGAAAAAACGAUGGUCAAACACCCAACGCCAAAGCCCCAAUAGGUUAACAGCAAUCAGGAUGUAAAAUGCCAAGUUAGUCAUUAAGAAGGAGAUCCAGGGUGCUCAAAAUUUGAAGCGAAACUUCCAACGUUAAACACACAAACAAAAAACCCAUUGAAAGGAAAAACCUGUUCGGACCAAGGAAAUUCGGGGUCUGGUUCGAGCCACGCAGUAGACGAAGCUUAGCCUACAGAGGUUAUUAGGAGUAUAAAUAAUUAAAGAAGAGGCACGUAUGUAUACCCACACCGAUCGCGAACACCCUCACACGAAACACGGACAAACCAUCGCACGCAUACACGCCCCGUGCAUGCACGUUCAAACAUCGUCAAACACGGUUUACAGCCUGAAAUACGGAUCAAAAACAUUGAAACGGUACUCAAGUAUUCUGAAACACGUUCAAACGGUACUCAAACCACACGUUCAAAUACACAUGGAAACCUAUACAAUACAUAUAUAUAUAUAUUUGAUAUAUCGCAAUGUAACAAGUGUGUCCAAAAGUGCGCAGCAGCUGCAUCCCAAUAAUCUAUAUUUUAUUAAUAACUGAUAAGGAACUAGGAUUAUCGACGUUAACGGUUUAAUGGAUAAAUUGAGCAGAGAAGAGUUAAUCUAUUACGAAUCUGUCGUAACACACGCGGUACAUAUACAUAUAUAUAAUAUAUAUAUAUUAGAGACACGAUGAGAUCUGAGCACGACAAACCGAAAGAAAGAAGGAACGAAAGUAAAUAUGAAAAAGGGACAGAGCGAAUGUAAUCGAACGAAUGAACGAAUCCAGGGAAUAUCCGAAAGACGCGUAUGAAGGAAUUUACGUGUGUAUCCUCGUUGAAAGUUCAGGAUAGUUUGCUUGCCUAACGAGGGCCUUAGGCGUCGUUCACGAUAGAACUAAAAGGGAACCAGGGCCAGCUGUUCGCUCGGAUCUCCAACGAACAGACACAGAUAGCGAAGGGACGCUUCUCACGAUGUUCGAGCAAGCUUUUCUCCAUAUGCGAUGGCUGUUACACGAAUUCAAUCAAAGAGGAACGCUAUCAGCUAAAAAGAGACACACGUGGUCGACGAUCGAUUCAAAAGUAUCUGAAUUUUCUCGUACUCCUUAAUUCUUUGUAAAUUUUCAAAUUCUUAUAAAGUCGCUGACAUAUCAAUGUUAAAUCUAUAAUAAAAAAUUCGCGCUUUUUCGUAGAAAAAUAAUGUUGUACUUUGGGAUCGCUCCAAAGUUGUUGUCGUUUCUCUUUUUUGUUAUUCAUGGCAUAGCGGCGCCUCGAUGAGAAAUCGAUCAGGAUGAUAGACGUUCUGGUGUGCCUGUUGAGUGAUUCUGCGAUCUUUUUGUCCGCUUUUCUCUUCUACGGCCGCUGUAAUAGACAUUAGGAGGCUCCGAGACGAGACGACGCGAAAUGUCGCUUCUCUCAUACGGGCCUCGAUUAAGCCGGACUUCUAUCGGUCGUUAGCUGGUCGUUAUAGUCGUUGUGACGUCGAUAUGAUUGCCAAAAAAGCGAUAUAUAUAUAAAAAAACAGAAAACGAAAAAAAAAAAGAAAAUUGCGAAAGGAGAGCUGGGAAGAGAAAGCUGGAAAACUAAGCCUAAUUAAUUAACACGAAAGAGUUUCUCGACGACCCCAUCGAAUCGAAUUUCGAACAGCAACAAACAGAAACAAAAGAGAUGAAAGAAUAUAUAUAUAGGGAAAAAUAAUAUUGACGAUCUUCUUUACCGACUAGGAGGGGAGCGUUCAGUCGCGAGACAGAACAUUAGGAUUAUCUAAGGGUAGUUGUUAAGUGGACGAAAACACAGAAAUAAUAAAAAAAAAAUGAUUUAAAAAGAAACAAAAACUCGUGAGACACGUAUAAUGAUGAAAAAAACACAAGCAAACGCAUACAUGCAUAAACAUACACAUACGUACACAGUGUACACACGAUGUAGCGUGUUAGACUCGUGUAGUAGCCCCCCACCCCUUCCCCCUUUCUAAUUAAGCCUCCAGAUCUUAACGAGUACUAUAAUGUAUAGUUGAACUCGACAAUCACUCGACUCUCUGUAUCGAUAAUUCUCGAGGGGAGGAAACAAAUAUUUAAAACAAAAAAAAAAAAAAAAGAAAAUGGAAAAAAAAUGAAGGAAAGAAGAAAAAGAAUGGAAAGGAAAUACAUGGACGAUUAUAAGGGAAUUUCUGAAACGGUAAAAGCUGCUACUGUUUUUCAGCAACUGUUGUUUCUAGUAUCCGCUGGAUUUCUUCCAGUAUUCUCUUCUACUUCUUUUUCCUCAAGCACUCUUCUAGCCUUUCUAUUACGACCGUGGGAGUUCUCUUUCGUCGCGCCACUUUUUUGCGUUUUCUUUUGGUUGGUUGCAUGUUCAGUUUCUUCCUUUGUAUUGGUGUUGUUAGAAAUUCUUCUGAUCUUUUUGAAAUCGUUAACUGAGAAUCGAAAUGGAAAAUGCGAAUAUGUUAUAGAUAGAAACGAUGGAGGAUCGAUAAUUUUAUUAGAACUUAGGUUGGUAAGGAAAGAUUUCUUUCAGAUGAGCUGGAAAAAUGAAACAGGAAAUGUCUCAUUUCGGGUCAACGGAAAAAUUAUUCGAAACCGGAUUCUAGGACAGAAGAGCUCCUAACUUCUUCUCCGAUAUUAAAAUCAACCAGAAAAGGAAGUUAAGAUUGCGCAAAAAUUUGUUUUCGAAAGACUGCUAGAAAGCUAACAAAAGUACACGAGAGAGACGAUCAAGGGAAUCGGAAUCGUGGGCCAGGAAUUGCGUUGCAAGUCACAAUCAGCUCGCAAGACAAAUCAAUUUUUGCUUUUUUGUACACGGGAAUAUACACAUAGUAAGAUGUCGCGGUGGAUUAUUCGUGAUUUGUCCGAGCGGGUGUUUUAAAGGUUAAGCUGUUUCGUAGUAAGUUUUCUCAUUAGGGAGAAUUGGAUCAGGAGAUUUAGCGAUCGAUACCCAGUCCAGGGACGAAGGCAGAGGCAGCCAAGAAAACUCGUUUUCUCGUCGAUCGAUCGUCGUCGAAUCCUAUCCGUGAAACUGUAAUCAAGAGAAACUAGUAAGAUGGGUCUUUUAGUUGUGUUUUUAUUCAUGAAACGAACUUCUAAAUGUGUCAUGUGUGACUUGCAUGAUAGAGGUAGAUUUUUUAUGGAUCGUGAUAUCUAUUUUUUUAGACAUCUGUUUCGGAAGUAGCACAGCGGAUUGUAGAAAGUUUGUUUGAUCGAGAUUCGAAGGAUUGACAAUUUUGCGAGUGGAAUUGGAAAUGUGGAUCCUUUUACGCUACUUUGUCAAGCAAAUACAAAUUUUAAAUAAUUAUUCCAAGUAAGAAAAUUAAAUUAGGUUACGAGUUUUUCUGAUUACACUUAGUGUUCUGGACAAAUAUUGUGUUCUGAUAUUUAAGAUGUUGAUUUUGUUGUUGAUUUUAAUGAUGUUGUAUAGGCACUUUAAAUAUUGAUAACUGGUAUUGAUAUUCGAUAUCUAGUACUGUCUGGUAUUUUCUCUAUAUGGACAUUUCGACAAAAAUGUUUAAGUAUCUUGAAAUUCCACAAUGCUCUUUCCGCCUCAAAUUGCAAAUUCCGAAGCUCACAAACCCUGGGAAGAAGAUUCCGAGGAAGAAGGUUAAACAAUUGACGACAAUCAUUUUCUAUUCGAGACUUAGACUGUCGAGACUUAGAAACUUCCAAAAAUUCAACACAAUAAAAAUUAAGAUAUCUAGAAAUUCUAAGAAAAUACCAAAAAUGAAAAUCUCAAAAAAAAAUCGAAUUAACAAAAGUAGAAUUAAAUAAAUCACGUAAAAUGGUUGAAUUUUUAACAAAUGUUUCUCGACGACGAUCGACGAUCUGCGCGAAGCAUUUAUCAGAAUUGCGUUCGCACGUUCGCGUUCACGUUCACGUUUCUUCGUAUUUGAACACACGAUACACGUACAUAGGCACACACGCACACACAUACACAAACACACGUACACACAGAGGCCAAUCAGAGACGCACACAACCAUACGAAUCGAGUUGACUCCGAAAAGAAAACCGAUAGUAAGUAUGGGACACGUUUACGAUCGCUCUUCCACGUGUCUUCUUUCGCCACGACACGAUUUAUUAUUAUACACUAUUUACUAUUUACGGAUUUUUAUACCUCGAUUACCGAACGGAGCCAUCCCCGCACACACACAAGCACAUUUACGCCCCGUACAAAAGUAUUCUCGAAAAAUAUUCGCGAUUCACGCAACCCGAAAGUUGCGGACGAAUUUUUCUUUUGAAUGAAACUACGUAUUUCUCCCUCGAGACUCGUCGAAUAUUUUCUACAUAAAUGAAUAAAACGAAAAAUAAAUUGAAAAAUAAAGUGGAAAAAUUGUACGCGGAAAUAUUCAAGAGUAGAAAAUGGAAGUUCGUCACAGAGGGGGACGAACGAAAAUACGACUAUCGUUCUUCGACGGAAAAGUUUUUUUAAAAAAUAGGAAAUGGUCACUCGAGUGAAAAUUAAUAAGGUCGCUUCCGGGUCACGUGUUUCGCGAUUCCCUACAACUUGUCCGAAGAAGCAUGUUGUAGAUUCGUUGAUUUCCGGUAUUACUGAUGCGUUGCGUUCACGUCGCCUCUGAACAUAUACAUUAUAGAUAUAUAUAUAUAUCAAUUUUAUUAUAUAUAUAUAUAUCAAUUUUAUUUUAUAUAUAUAUACAUACAUAUACAUAUACAUAUACAUAUAUAUAUAUGUGUGUAUAUAUAUAUAUACAUAUUAAUUUUCUUUCUUUCUUAUUCAUCCGAUGUUCAACCUUCUUUUGUUUCUUUUUUAAGAUUAAUUAACCUAUUUAGCCUAUUUUUUUAAUCGUCUAAACGAAUACGAACAGAGACAACACACGCAUACGACAGUUUCGUCGUCGCUAUUAAUUAAUUAACUAUCUCUCUUUAAUCGCUAGGCGUUCGUUUUUUAUUAAGAUUGCUAUUAUUAUUACCUAUUCACUAUUAUUAUAAUUAAUCCUAGCGCUAAUUGCCCAUUUAAUUACUCCUUAACAUUGUCAUUGAUAUUCUCUAGUUCGUACCCUCUACUACUAUUUACUAUAUCACUACUAUACUACUAUUAGCUACCAUACUAUUUUUUGUUUUCUCUUUUUUUUUACUUGAUUAUUUUUAAUUCUAUAACUCUUAGGCUGUAUCGACUAUUGCGACGCACGAGCUUAGUUUUUUAAACGAGCGAACGAAAAAUGCUAGAAUUUAUGUAAAACUUAGUUGCAAGCGAAUUAGAAAAGAGAAAGGAAAUAAAGAGUUCAUUAAGGAACACACGUGAUACACGUAUACAUAUACACGUACGAACACUUACGAAAUCUGUAUACACACGGACACGCAAGAAACGAUUUUUUUUUCUUGUAAGAUCGAGCGUUUUUUCGAUUGGUUCAGUUUUUCGUAAACAAAACAGAAAGAAAUGAUAUAAAAGCGAAGUUAAGAAGGAAGGGAAAAGGUCUUCGAUUUUUUAGUUGUCAGGCUCGCCAAUCACACACUUCAUCUUUCCUGUUUUUCUUAACUCUUUUCGGCGCUACGAUUCCCCCCUCCCCCUCAUACCAUCUUCUUAUUAUUUUCUCUGUGUGAUCUCUUACCCCCUCUCACCCUUUCGAAUUAUUUCUCUUCUUCAACUUCUUCUUCUCUUCUUCUAUUUCUUCUUCUUCUUCUUCUCGUCCUCCUCCUCCUCCUCCUCGUUCUCCUUCUUCUUCUACUUCUGAUUUAUUUGUUCGUUGUUUCUUACUGUCUGGCUUGUAACUUUUCUAGUAGUCACACUAUACUCUCUUUUUCUGACUUUCUCAUUUUUCUGUGUCCUCCUCUCUCUCUCACUAUCUUAAUACGUGUAUCGUAUACCUUUAUACUGUACUUCUUACUCUUAUCAUUAUUACUCUUACUAUAUCGUCUAUACUAUUACUAUUACUAUUACUAUUACUAUUACUAUUACUAUUACUAUUACUAUACUGUACUACUACUCUGGUACUACUAUUACUGGUACUGGUACUGCUACUGCUAUAUCUAUCAUCCACAGCUAUUACUAUUACUAACACUAUAACUACUACUACUACUGUCGCUAUUGCUGUUACUACUAUUAACUGUCGUCUGUGACUAUUACUAUUACUACACCUAUCGUUACUAAUACUGUAUCUAUCUAUUACUACCACUGUAUCUAUCGUUCGCGACUAUUACUGUCACUGCGUCUAUCACCUAUAACUAUUACUAACACUACAUCUAUUAUAUCUAUCGCUGUCGCUACUACUACCGCUGCAAUUAUCUAUGACUAUUACUAUUACUAUUACUAACAAUAUCAUUGCUGUAUCUAUCUAUCGUCUAUAACUAUUACUAACACUUUAUAGUUUACUAUACUAUCACUAUUGCUGCUACUACUAUUACUCCUAUAUCUAUAACUAUCGCGUCGAAUACUACUGCGUACUACCGUUGCAUCUAUCGUCUAUGACUAUUACUAUUAUUACUACUACUACUACUUUAACUAUACUGCUACAUCAAUCUACUACUACUACUACUACUACUGCUACUACUACUACUACUACUACUAUUACUACUACUACUACUACUACUACUACUACUAUUAUUACGACUGUAUUUAUCGUUUCGACUAUUACUAUUACUAUCACUAUUACUAUAACUAUCACUACAACUAUUAUUACUACUAUACUAUUUAUCUUGCUAUCCACUUAUCUAUCCAUCUACUAUUACUACUAGUAGCGCUCUAUUAUCAUCGCCUAUGGUUACCACCCCUAAAUUUCCGUCGACGAAAAUUUCAAUACUUCGAGGACUAAAAAGAAAUUUGCAAACCAAUGGCCCCGAAGUAUUUUGUUAUUAAUUUUUAACGAUUGAAACUUAAUUAAAUUAAAAUUAAGUUUCGGUCGAUACUGAUUAAAGAAGAAGCAAAACGAAACUUCCACCACUUCGAGAAUGAGAAUUUCACAAGAUUUUUUGACGAAUUAUUGGCAACCUCGACAUCAACACUGUCGAUGUUCUUUAAAACGAAUUUUCAGUAAUUUCAGAAUUAAAAUUUCAGUCGAUACCAAUUAAGAAGCCGUUUCAAGGACGCAGGUCCCAUAAAAAUAUCAAAAAUUUGAAGACCAUUGUCCUCGAAGUGCGCAAAAAUAAUUUCCACGCAAAAUAUAAUGCAAUUCUUUCACCCUUUGCAACCCCUAAAUUCAGUUCCACUCCGCAGCGGCCUCAAUCUGGUAUUCCUCCGAAGAAUACUUCUCUGUAAACCCCUGGGAACUUUUGUAUCGAAAUAUAAAAAGCGAUUAAUCGAAUGGAGGGGCACAAAGGGUGUGAAUAGUCGACGAGAAGAAGGCAAAGGGGUGGUUCUUUCACGACCACUUCGGUGUUCCAUUGUUUGUUCGUUUUGCUUUUCCUUGUUACUAUACUCGCGAUGAUCGAUUGUAAUUUCAAGAAAAAUCACAACUUUCAUUUUUUCUCCUUUCUCGCUAUCCCUAUCGAUAUAAUAUAAAUAUUAAACAAAAUUUUAAUUUUUAUAUUAUACGAAUUGUAAUUUCGUUCUUUUGAUUCUCCACACCGUUCUCGUUUGUAACACGCGAGUUUCAGUUCUUUUUUCUCUAAUCUUCAUCCCCCAUCCCACCAUCCAAUCACGGUUUUCUCGUCUUGGAAAAAGAAAAAGAAAAAAGAUAAAGAAAAAGAAAACGAAAUGAAACGAGCAAUCGAGUGAGUCGAAUUUAAGGGAAGGAAAGUUUAUAAUGAAAAGGGAUAGAGGUUUAAACGCGAUAAAGAUAAAGCAAGCACAGAUGAGGGAAUAUGAUUGCUAGCGAGCGGGUAAUUUACAUAUACAAAAUAUAGCCGAUUUGUCAAGAGAAAAAAAAAGCAACAAUGAAUGGAAAAGAUAAAUAAACCUGUCCGUUUUUUGUGUUCUUUCUGUGUAUCCAGCUACUACCUACCCCUUCUCCUUUGUUUCUAUUUAAAACUAUAUUUUAAUCUUUAAGUCGAGGCGUAAGAAGCUUCUACGAAAUGGUUCUCAGAUUUUUCUUUUCAAAAUUUAGAAAUAUAAAAGAUAUUUCAAUAGAAAGGUCAUAUCACAAACGAGGGGUUGCCUUUCUUAUAACGUUAUUUCCAAAAUUUUGUAUCGAUAAUUGAUAGAAUUAUUGGAGAUUUAAAAAUUGGCAAUCGUUAAAAAUUAAUGAACGUUAUCGACAAUUUGAAGGAAAUAUCAUUUACUGAAGUGUGAUAAUAAAAAUUCUUGUCGAUACAGAGACCAUUUUUUGAGAAACUUCUUACGCGUUCGAUCACUUUUCACUUCACUAAUUAUCCACGCUAAUUCUAUUUCACUUUUUUUUUUUUUUUUUAGAUCGAACAUCACAAAUGAUCGAUAAUCAAUUAUCGAUCGUUCGUGACAUUCCAAUGGAAUGAAAGGAAAAGAUGGCACCGAGACGACGUGUCAGCAUUUUUUCUUCGAAUUUCAAUAUUUUAUUUUGCCUGUUAUUCGAUGUUUCUUUCUAACAAAGUAGUCUUUCUUCUAAAACCUUGACACGCUGUUCUGUCUCUGUCUUUUCUGUCUGCCUUUAAAAUCAAUGUUGGUUAAAUUGUUUAAAAAAUUCUAUCGUUCGAUGAUUCGAAUAUUUACGAUAAUCUAGAAAAUUUGAAUGGUCCAUUCGAAGCUAAAACAUAAUUCAGUUACGUAGCGAAGUGAGAUAUUUGUUAUAAAUGGUAUAAACAAGUUCUUCGAAUUCUAAAUUAUGUAAUUAUGUAAAUUAUGUAAGGUUCAAAAAGUAGCCUAAAGGAUUCUACAAAUUAACUUUCUUAAAUUCCAGUUUUACAUCCAUGUCACGGAAAAUUUAUUUUUCAAAAGAUGAAAAUUCAAUUUAAUGCGUCCAUAUUCUUUUUCAGAAAACGAAAAAGAAGAAACAUUUCUAUUCCGUUGAAAAGUUUCAAUUUAACAAUCGCAGACCCAUCCAUCACGAGACAUAUUAAAUUCCACCGAAAUUCAAUUAAGCAAAUCCAAAAUGCAGCGCAAACAAACGAAAAAAGAGAAAAAAAAAUAAUAACAAUUCUGCGAGUUCUGCCUUCAAACAGACGAAACUCAUGGUUUUCCAAAUCCAAUCAAACGUUGCUCGAUUCCGUGUUCAAUAGAAUUUCUCUAAAAUUCAUCUCAUAAAAUCCUUUUUCUGAGAAUCGAGCAGCACGAGGGCUACAUUCGUUUUUUUCGAAAAUAUCAGUCGUAAUUUGCUGGUGUUGAAUUUUUACGAGACUCUGAUGCUUUUUUUCUGAAAUGGAGAAUCAGAGGAAAAAGGAAACACAGAUAUAGUAUACAAGAAAUUUUCCACUUAAUAGCACUUUAUAAUUUCAAGCUUCGCGAUACGGUAUUCUAUAUGUAGCUCUAUCUAUAUACUAUAUAUUUUAUAUACAUAUGUGGUAGUAUGUACGCUGUAAUUACUCGAUGUAUAUACAUCUACCAUUUCCUUUUUCUAUCUUCUGAAAGUUUUCAUCUCCAGCAUGAACUCUGUCACGAAAAGAAAAAGGAAGAGAUUUGAAUGAAGAGAGAAGGGAAACCACGUCAUGGACCACUUCAUCGUUUUAUAGAAAUAUUCCUUUAGUAUAUCAAAAUCAAAUAUUAUAAGAAAAAUUCAAGCCGAAUAUCAAAUUUCAUAUUAAUUUUAAUUAAUUAAAUUCGUAUAAUUAAUUUCAUAUUAGUAUAAUUUUUAUAUUAAUUUAAUAUAUCAUCGUGAAUAUAUCCUUUUUCUUUAAAUAUUUUUAUAACGUUAAUCUUAUUGAUUUUUUAAAUAUUACUGAAAUACCAUGUUUAUUAGUUUUAAAAAUUUUCAAACGUUUAAUCAUCGAUAUCGAAAGAUUAGAGAAGUUGGAGAAAUUGUGAAAUCGAAGUUGCUAUUACGAUUCUUCGCUUUUCUUUUCACUUGUCUGAACGGUGUGUUGUUCGCGCCUUUUCUGUUUCCACUAACUUUUCUUCCAGCUCGAAAACCGAUCAUCGACCAUUUUCACUACUCUACUGCCUAUCGUCGUCUUCCUCCUCUUCGUCAACUCACGAACGGCCUACUAUCGCUACUACUGUUGUCAUUUUUCACAAUUAUUACAGCAAAAGGGAAGCUCGACCUUCGAAAAAGGAGAAAAAGAAAUUGUUCGCCUUACUUUCUAGGAAAGUUGCACAAUAUAAUUGCGUAAUUUCCAAAUUGGAAGAUUCAGUUUUUUGAAGGAAGGUUCCAUUUUGCAGAAAUUCCCCUAUUUUUACUUUGCUGCUACUCUCACUCGAAGCUUCGAUCUUCUCAGCACGUGAACAUUCACCGGGCCAUUUUUAUUGCCCGUGUCAUUGCUGAUUCCUUACUGCACUUUCCAUCGUUCCGAUAAAAAACGAAUUAUCAAAAUUCAUAUUCACAUUCGAAAGAUUCAAUUGAAACGUCGGAAUUGAAAAUUUCAUCAAUAAUAAAUAUUGUUUCGGUAAUCAAAUAUUAUAUAUAUAUAUUGUAAUAUGUGUUGUUCGGUGCGUAAAAGAAAGCACUAUCGAGCUUCAUUGACCAGCGUGUGCGAAACGAGACAAAUUAGACUCUGCUCCUAACGACAAAAUCUCCGGAAUCGGGUUUAUCGGGUAAAAUAGAGCUUCUUGCUAAUAUGUUUGUCAAUCGGGGGUGUUUGGUGAAUAUUAUUGUUUUAGAGUUUGUAAUAUUGAAUGCGAAGUAUGGUAGUGUUUAGCGCGAGGUAGAACGGAACGGUAAUUAGUUGAAGAGUAUUGAAAAAUUACGUGAACGAUGGAAGGUUUGCCCGAAUCGACGAUGACUAUAAUUUCUCAAUAAGAAAUCUUUUGCAUGAUGCUGUCCUCCGUACACCAUUAUGCCAAAUCUGUCAAACACAUGUACAAACACGGACAAACAGGUUCAAAUUGUAUUUUACGAAAUCCAAUUCAAAUCCAUUCCAAGAAAGGAACAUUAAGUAUAACAAAUUAUUUGUCCACUAUUAAAAAUUUAAUAUUCGUGUUGUAUUGACGAUACAAGAAUUUCAACAAUGUGUUUGAUUGGGGAAUAAAAACAGAACAAAUCGAAAAAUCAAAUUAAACUAUAAUUUCUGACAAAAUUGGAACUUUUCAUUUUUCUGAAAUAAUUUCGUAAAAUAUGGAAAAAUGUCAGGAUUCGAACAAGGCCUAAGAACAUCAAUUAUAAAGUGUCUUUCUUACAAUUCCUCGACACGAUUCAAUCGCAACAUUAUCCUGCAUUAAAGCAAACUUAAAAGUAGAUCAAUUUAUCGAUAUCACGAAUUUUGUUAGAAACAAUUCGACAGGAAAAGAAAAACGGGAAGGAAAUCGUUGUGAUUUUCCGUAUCAAAAAAUGGGGUCCUGAUCGAUUCAUUUCUCUGAUGAGCUUCGAUCCGAUCGAGGGAAUAGUGCAUUGGCAAAUUUCGAUCGAUCGGUUGCAAACGCGACGUGAGCUAUCAUAAAUCUUAUCUGUGAUAAGAGGAGCGUGCUGUCGAAAGAAAUUUCCGAAAUUUCGAGAGCGUUUGCAAAAGUGAAACUCGAUUAUAAUAGAAAAGGUAAAAAUGAAAAUUCUAGUAAAAUCGAGAAAUAUCGUUAAGAAAAUAUUAGUAUCGUUAACGUUAAUCGAUAACUAUGAUAAUAAUGAUAGUACUAAUUAUAGAUAAUGUUUAAUAUUCGACGAUAAUUCCUUGUAAAAGCGUAUUGAUAGUGCUACGAUAAUUAAUUGUAAAGUAUUCGUAGAUAUAGCGUGCGAUAAUUAAUUAAUCUCACUCAAUGUUGUUGUAUUAGUAUCUCGGAAAAUUUAUUUCUCUUGAAUUUUCUUAUUUCUAAAGAUACAAGUAUUUUUCUUCGAAUAAUGUGUCUUUUUUUUUUAUCUUAGAUUACGUGUUAUUCGAUGAAUAUGAUUGACGACGACUAAAAGGUAUUAUAGUUUUAGCGAUAAUUAAUAAUAAUUUAUUAUUUCUUUAUUAACUUGAAAAUUAUGAUGAUUUAGAAUUAAUUAACUGAUUAUCGCACUGUAGAAUUUGCAUUACCCCAAUCUUACUGAAAUUAGAAAAGUAUAAACUUGAAGGAUUCUGGUCGAAAUUUGACAAUGCAUUGUUGGAGUAUCGACAGUAUAAUACGUGGUUGUACAAUUACGAAAAACAAUUUGUUAAUCGUGAAAUUGGAAUAAUGUCGACGUUUUUCUCUCCGGAUAUUCCUCUUCUCUGUGUAUGGUAUUCUAUCGAUUUUCUUUCAAGUAACGAUGUAUAAACUCCUUUUAAUAGAAACAUGAAAUUACUAAAAUCGCAAGAUUUUUGUGAUAUCUUCACCAACUAAAAUUUUUAAUCUAAUUUCAUUUAAUCUAGAUUUUGCGAAACUAAAUUUGGAAAUUAGUAUUUCUCUCUAGAAACGAUAAUAAUAUUUUUUUAUCGUAAUAUUUCUGAAAAUCCAUUUGACAAGAUAAGUUUGAACGAGUUUGUGCAUCGUUGCACCGAAAAUCCCAAAUACGCUUAACUUUCUCCAUCUAUAACUAAUUAUAUAUACGGUGAAAAAUUCUUUAAAAAAAGAUGUCCCAUUUUUCUCGUAGAAAUUUUUCGAAGACUCGAGUAUACAGAGAAUGAAGCAAGAAAAAAGAAAAAGUACACUUUUAAGAAAUCUCGAUAAAGACUCGUAUCUUUCCGAGAAAAUGAAGCUGCAGCGUGAAUGAUGGACGAAGAAAGAAAGAAUGCGUCGUUCUAUUUCUAUAAUAUCGAAAAUUCGUCUCUUCGAGACGUGCGUCUGAACACUAUAAUAUAAUAUAGGGACGACAAAAAGUCAAUUGUUCGUAAUUCUAUCGUUUAACGUUGGACAACUCGUCGCUGAUGGUAAUUAGUCUCGAUCUUAAGAUUAUUCGAUACUCGUAAACAGUAUUGUAUAGAUAUACGAUUAACGACGCUACGAGAGUCAAUGCUGAACGUUCUCCAAGAAAAACGAUGUAUCCCUUCGAAAAAAUACAUAAUCGUACUUCGACGAGGAAAACUGUUUGAUACUUGGAAUUAUUAUUAAGUAUAUGGUACGUUAUAGUAUAAUAAUGUAAUGUACCGAUGUAGUAUAAUUGCCGUAUUAUUAUUAUAGUGUAAUUACUACAUGAUAUUAUAAUAUGGCGGAAUUACUAAAUCUCAGAUGAACAAUUAUUUGCUAAUGUUAUCAAUUUACAAAAUUCUAGCGUACCGUACUAAUAUCGUUAGAAAUUUUACAAUAUCGACAAUCAGUUGACAAACAUUGUAAUAUAAGUGCAUUUAAACGCAUUUUCUAUUUUCUAUUUUCUAUUUUCUAUUUCUUACUUCUGAGUGAUAUUGACUUUUAUUUCGAUCACUCGAAAAUCAUCCUAUUAAAUUUACAUAUGGGUAAUUAUUGGCUAUGUAACGUGAUUUAAAUAAUAAUUCCGAGGGUCAAAGACAAAGGAAGAAGGAAGCUGUCGUAAACUAUACAAUUUUUAUUCCAUAUACUCGUGCACACACGGACACACGCGCAUACACAUACACGAUACACAGCAACAUAUAUUAUACGAGGAUAAAAGAAAAAAAGAAAAAAGAUUAUUAAGAAACGUUGUAUAAUGUUUUAUCGCCGCUAAGGUAAAUCGACGUAGUUUCGCGAAUUAUUAGCCUGUAAUUAAAGAUCGAAGAGGGGAGCCGUAUAAAUAUUCGUCGAGCCAUUUUUCGUCCUCGCCUGAUUAAUUAAAAUAUUAAAGAUUGGAUUAUUCAAAUCUUAAAAAAAAAAAAACAAUUUCAGUAACAUUGGCUGUCAACAACAAUAUCUUCGUAAUUUUCGAAUCUUUUUUUCCAUCCCUUGAAGCACUGUGUGAUUCCACGAAAUUUUUCUAAAAUAACUAAAGAUUCAUAGCCCAAGCGAAAUCGAUCGAAUCAUUGCAACUUCCGAUCAUCAAAAAUAAAAAAUAGGAAAAAAUGAGAAAAAAAAGAAAGCUGUUAUACGAAUCGGACGAAAAAUAGCUCAGUGUGAAUUCUUUCGUUGACGUUUCAAGAUAAUACCGCCCACGUUACUAAAACAGAAAAGAGAGAGGUCGAAGGUUGUAGGAGGCAGAAAGCGAUAGGGUUAACUCACAGUGAAAAGUUCGAAUUCUAAUAAAAAAAGAAAGAAGAAGAGAAGAUGGGGAGAAGUUGUCGAAGCAUCAAUAUAUCAAACUGUCGAGUACGUUGUGAAAUUAGUUGAAAAAUCUAGAGCUGUGCGGCAAUAGAGGGGAGGACAUUGAGUAAAAUACUCCUCGAUCCAGCAGUAUUUCUUUCAUUCUCCAAAUUCGUUCACUUUCCACCCUCUGCAAAAUUGAAAAAUGGAAAAAUUGUGUGGAUAUUUGAGUUCUAUGGAACGUCAACGAGUAUUCGGUACAUAAUAAGAGAGAGAGAGAUAUAAUUGAUAAAACAAAGUUAUUCGAUAUUAAAAAUUAAAGUUCUCUGUAAUAAUAAAAAAUAGAAAUUUUUCUAAGAAUAACAUUUGUUGUUACGGUUUCUUCUAAAUUUCACGUAGAAUUUCCUACGUAGAAUGAUUUUUGUAAAGGAGAUUUUGGAAUUCGUUUGUAUCCAUCUAUAAACAAAAACGUACGUAAUUAUUCAUAGAGGAAAAUUCUUGUUGUCUUCGUUAAGAAAAUUGGUCCUUUUAAAUAUUCCUUAAGAAGAAUAUUUCAUAAAACUAUCGAUAUAAAUAAAGAUAUACAAGCUUCUUGAUCAAUAAUUUAACAAAGCUACCAAAACCCCAUCAACUGAAUACUACAUAUCAAGAUUGAAAUUAUUUUUCCUGGCUUUGUUAAAUUAUUUAUAUCUUCUAAUCGGAAUAAGGGGGAAAUAAAAUUCCUUUGCUUAGCAAAAGGAGAAGUUCACGUUCCAUAGAAUUGAAAAUGAAAAAGAGAAACAGUAG